AUGGCUUCCGUUUUCCAUCUCGUUAUUUUCACUUCACUUCUUGCACUCUUCUCUCUACCUGUUCCUGCCCUAGCCACAACAAGAAAGCUUGCUGCUUUAGUUCAAGAACAACCUCUUGUCCUCAAGUACCACAAUGGUCCACUUCUCAAAGGCAACACCGCAGUGAAUAUCGUCUGGUAUGGCAAGUUCUCACCAAUCCAACGCUCCAUAAUCGUUGACUUCCUCGGCUCUCUUAAUUCUAUAAAGACUCCAGCACCUUCAGUCUCUACGUGGUGGCAAACUACUGGGAGGUACAGAGGAGGUCCGUGCACUGUAGUUGUAGGUAAACAAGUCCUUGAAGAAAAUUACUCUUUGGGAAAGUUACUAAAAACUACGCAAAUUAUUACUUUAGCAUCAAAAGCUGGCCACGGUAAGAAUGCAAUCAACCUUGUUUUCACAUCUGCUGACGUGGCGAUGGAUGGGUUCUGCACUAGCAAGUGUGGGACCCAUGGGUCUGGUCAGGGAAAGAUGGGUGAAUUUGCCUAUGCGUGGGUUGGUAACUCCGUGACUCAGUGUCCAGGUCAGUGCUCGUGGCCUUUCCACCAGCCAAUUUACGGACCACAGGGUCCACCGCUAGUCGCUCCUAACGGUGACGUAGGGAUUGACGGCAUGAUCAUCAAUUUGGCCACGGUUUUAGCGGGAGCAGUAACGAAUCCGUUUAAUAGCGGAUAUUUCCAAGGGCCAGCUAACGCGCCUCUAGAGGCUGUAAGCGCGUGUACGGGUAUUUUUGCUCAGGGUUCUUACCCGGGAAAUCCAGGGGAGGUUUUGGUGGACAAAACAACAGGAGCUAGCUAUAAUGCUUUUGGUAUUAAUGGCCGGAAGUAUUUGCUCCCAGCAAUGUGGGACCCAAAUACAUCCACCUGUAAAACACUGGUGUGA